CUACCUUUUUGGCCUCAGCAUGUUCCUGUCUGCCGUUUCCGUUCGCUUCUUCACCGAUUGCUGCAGCAGGAAAUGAUCUUCUAAAGGCUUGUCGAUGUGUCUCACUCCUGGGUGCUUUCAUUCGACGACAGUCCCAAUAUUCUUGGCCAUUGCACCUCUAGCUGAACCCUCGGUCGCGGCAAUUCAAGCCAGUCCCGCACUAGCCCGCUUAUCAGUCUGGGGUUCUGUUCGCCGAGCUUGUCACAACCUCGACAAUGGAGGACAAUGCCGAACUCGAGUCAUUUCGACGCCAGUGGCGCGAAGAAGUUGCGCAGCGGACCAAACAUUCUAGGCCUACCCCUGCGCAACCAAGGCCGUCCAAGCCUUCGACAACCCCGUCGAGCCAUUUACCACCUACCCGCCAUGAGGCAUCGCAGCGUGAAGAAGAGCAUGGAGGCGCAGAUUCUGUCGAUCAUAGCGAGAUAAUCCAUGGAAUGGGUCAGCUGAGUGUACACCACGCCGAUGAAGAUGCUUUCCAUCCUCCCGCGUCUCGAGAAGAACCCAAAUCGGCUCUAGAGCACUUCGAGCGAGCGGUUGAGAAGGAGGCAGAAGGCAAACUCGGAGACAGUGUACAACACUAUCGUAAAGCAUACAGGUUGGACUCUGCAGUCGAUAAGACAUACCGUAACAAAUACUUCGCCGCGGCGUGGAAGAAAUCUGCACAGGCUCCUUCUUCUGGCGUUACUCCUAGCAAGUCGGCCGAUCAGCAAAGUCAAAAUGAGACCCCGAUCCUGCCGACGCCCGAGCUCAUCGCAUCUUUCGCUCACCUUCCGAUUCCUCAAGCGGAACCAUUAAUUGAGAACACACCUCCUCCACCGUGUCCCAUUUCUGAAGUCCCGUCAGAGGUUCUGGUUGAAAUACUGAGACAUGUGGCACUGAUGGACCCGGCGACUCUCUGUCGGAUGGCACUGGUCUGCAAGCGCUUUGCCUACCACUUCGCACAUGAGCAGCAUAUUUGGAGGCGACUGUGCCAAGGCUCGGAGUUUGGUUUCAAAUCCAUGCACUACGCAUUUGCUUGCGAUAUCCACGGCAACCCCGAACAUAAUCUAGGACCACGAUACACACCGUUUCCUCAGUCGAUGCCGGUUCAGAUUCCUGAACCUCUGUCUUCGUGGAGCGAAGUUUUUCAGGUGCUCCCCCGGAUUCGGUUCACGGGGAUUUACAUUAGCACAGUCAACUACACGCGCCCAGGUGCUGCUGCAGCGUACCAGAGUGUCUCCUGGAACAGUCCAAUUCAUAUUGUCACCUACUACCGAUACCUUCGCUUCUAUCCAGACGGCUCCGUCGUCUACUUACUUACCACAGUGGAACCCCGCGAGGUGGUGCCUCACAUCAGCAAAGAGAAUGUCAAGAUUGCCCGAGCGACGACUCACAAGCAACAUCCACGCCACACUUCGGAUGCCACUGUAACCGCCGACGCGCUCGAUCCCAUUCCGCAUAUCGCGCUGGAAGCGUUGAGACACGCCUACCGGGGCCGCUGGCGCUUGGCCAAGCCUGUCUCCGACUCCGAUUCAUCUUCUGAAGACGCGCCAGUUGAAAUCUCCACUGCGUAUAAGUCAUUGCCUGAAAAAGCAGCCGCGUCCCCUUCAGAUCCUCGAGACCUUAUAAUAGAAACCGAAGGUGUGGGCCCGAAGUACAUGUAUCUCUUGCAGCUGUCGCUCCGGUCGACACCUGCAGCCAAAUCGAACCAGCCCAACGUCUCACCAUCGAACCCAUCGAAAAAUACGAAGUUGACCUGGAAGGGUUACUGGAGCUAUAACAAACUCACCGACGAUUGGGCUGAGUUCGGUCUCAAGAAUGAUCGCUCGUUUGUCUUCCGGCGCGUUCGAGACUGGGGCCUGAACUGAACGAAGCAUAUGUGGACAUGAAUUCCCUUGGAUUGAUUUGGCUCAAAACUCGAGUUGAUAAGAUAUUCCCGGUCAGAUAGUAGAGUCAGCUUAGAUAUAUAUAAAUCAUCAAGGUUACGAUAAUACGAUCUAAUAUACACAUCAUG